AUGACGAUGAAGAAAAAAGCUUCAUGGCGGUGGUUGUUGCCGCCGAUGUGCGGCGGCGACUUACCGGCGCAGGCGACAAAGAAGGUGGCGGCAAAGCAAACCUCUUUCAACAAGAGAAUUUCCCAGCUGGAUUUAAGCAAUCCCAAUUCUGUCCUGUCCGAAGACCUUUCCAUGUCCCUCGCCGGCUCUAACAUCCACAUGUUCACUUUGGGAGAAAUUAAGGUCAUGACUCAAAGUUUCUCCACCGGUAAUUUCAUCGGAGAAGGCGGGUUCGGUCCGGUUUAUAAAGGGUUCAUCGACGACAAGCUUCGCCUUGGCCUCAAGGCUCAGCCGGUCGCCGUCAAGCUCUUGGACUUGGAUGGCACUCAAGGACAUCGCGAGUGGCUGACGGAGGUGAUUUUUUUGGGACAAUUACGGCAUCCCCAUUUGGUGAAAUUGAUUGGAUAUUGCUGUGAAGAUGAACAUAGAGUGUUGGUUUAUGAGUAUAUGCCAAGAGGGAGCUUGGAGAAUCAGCUGUUUAGAAGAUUUUCGGUGUCGUUGCCAUGGUCGACAAGAAUGAAAAUAGCUUUAGGAGCUGCGAAGGGAUUAGCGUUUCUUCAUGAAGCUGAAAAACCCGUCAUUUAUCGAGAUUUCAAAGCUUCGAACAUCUUGUUGGAUUCGGAUUACAAUGCAAAGCUCUCGGAUUUUGGGUUGGCUAAAGAUGGCCCUGAUGGAGACGAUACCCAUGUCUCCACUCGAGUCAUGGGUACUGAAGGCUAUGCUGCUCCGGAAUAUGUCAUGACUGGUCACUUGACGGCAAUGAGCGACGUGUAUAGUUUUGGAGUGGUUCUUUUAGAGAUAUUGACGGGACGACGGUCGUUAGAGAGAAACAGACCGAACCGAGAGCAGAACUUAGUAGAAUUUGCGAGACCAAUGUUGAACGACAAUCGAAAGCUGAGUCGAAUAAUAGAUAGUAGACUCGAAGGACAAUAUUCAGAGAUUGGAGCUAGAAAGGCAGCGGCAUUGGCGUACCAGUGCCUAAGCUACCGCCCGAAGCAGCGGCCAACGAUGAGCGAAGUGGUGAAAAUUCUAGAGCCAUUGAAGGACUACCAAGACAUGCCGAUUGGAACCUUUGUUUUUGUAGUGCCGGAGACGGCGGCCACAACCAAGGGAAGUGAGACUCCAAAAGAAGAGAACGGAGGAGGAAAGCAUAACGGUCAUCGUAGACGAGAUCAUCGCCGUUACCCGAGAUCGCCGGUGUCGGAAAGCGGCGGCCGGAGAGCGUAGGCCGUUGGAUUGGGGACUUUGUAAAUCAAAGAUGUAGAUAGAGAUUCAUUGGGAAUAUUUUACUUGCAAGUUGCAAACAGAAAUUGUGGGUAAUUAUUAUUAUUA